AUGCAUCAAUAAUUACCGCCAGAAUAAUUAGACAGACUAAUAUGUUUAGAGGCCAGAAUACAUAAGAAAUCAAAAGAAGAGAUUAUCUAAGAAUAAUAUCUAUAAACAGAAAAAAACAAAUAAAAUGAUGAAAAUGAUAAUAAUCAACCUAAUACUGAUUCAAAUAAAAAACAUGAAGAUUUGAAAUGUUCCAAUUAAAGUGAAAUUUCACCUGAUAACAUUGUCAUAUCUUAAGUUAUGAGUCCAGUUCAUAAGAAAACAAAUUAUGUGACCAAAAAUUCUUAGUAGAAAAAAAAGAAGAAAACAAAAGAAACCUAAUAAAAAGAUGUUAAUUUAUUAAAAAUAAUUAGAUUACUCAAUAUUUACAAGCAUAAAAAAAAUAAUUAAAAGUUACCAAAGGAGAAUAGAAACUUAUUGAAUAUACUAUAUAAGAUUCUCCAUUUAAGAACAAGACUACAUUACCAAAUGAUCAUGCCAUUGAAUAGUAACUAAAAGAUAAACAUAACAAAAUUGUUAUAUAAGAGAUACGAAUUAAAGAGCUUGAGACUUUGAAUUGUGAAUUAAAGGAGACAAUUUCUGUAUUUAUUCUAGACUUAAAUGAAGACUCUUACAGAUUAAUAAUCUAAAAUGCAAGAAGUACUGAAAUUAUUAGCCAUCGAUAAUGAAAAACUAAAAAAACAAUAAAUACAAAUAUAAAUUAAAAAUAAUCGUUUUAGAUUAGGAGAGUUUAAUCUUUAAAGAGAAAAAAUAAAUGUUAUUGAUGUUUGGAUAGAAGGUUAAGAAAUUAAAGAUGCAAAAGAAUAAGCUAAAAAUCUUGAAAACUUAAAACAAGACUUAGAAAACAAAAAGAAAAAUCCAAAGAAUAAAGAUGAAACUGAAAUAAGAGCAAUAAAUGUCAAAUUGAAUUUUAUAGCAAAAGAAGAAUAAUAAAUACAAGAAAAGAUUGAUAGAUUAGAAACUGAAAAGAUUUUACACAUUAAACAUAUGAAAAGAUUAUAUGAAGAAGAACAUGCAAGAUUUACUAAGAAUAAUGAUUACCCAUUAAUUGGAUCAAGAUAUUAAAUAUUAUCACUAUUAGGUAAAGGUGGAUUUAGUGAAGUUUAUAAAGUAAUAAACUAUUAAUGUAUUAGGCUUUUGAUUUAUAAGAAUUCAAAGAGGUUGCAUGUAAAAUACAUUAAUUAAAUUCUAAUUGGUCUGAUCAUGCCAAAUAAAAUUAUAUACGACAUGCAAUUAGAGAAAAUGGUGUACAUAAAGAGCUUAAUCAUUAAAAUAUUGUUAAACUUUAUGAUUCUGUUGAAAUAGAUAAAACAUCAUUUUGUACUGUUUUAGAAUUAUGUGAUGGACCAGAUUUAUCUUAUUAUAUAAAGAAAUAUAAAUCAUUUCCAGAGAAGGAAGCCAAAUUAUUAAUAUCUUAGAUCAUUUCAGCAAUUAAAUAUCUUAAUAAUCACAAAAAUAAAAUUAUUCAUUAUGAUCUUAAACCAUAGAAUAUCUUAUUUCAUUAAAAUGAUUUAAAAAUAUCAGAUUUUGGUUUAUGUAAAGUUUUAGAAGAUGACAAUUCUAAAUUAUAAUUAACAUCCUAAGGAGUAGGAACAUAUUGGUAUUUACCUCCAGAAUGUUUUCAUAUGGGUGAUUAACCACCAAGUAUUUCAAGCAAAGUUGAUAUUUGGAGUAUAGGAGUCAUAUUUUUUGAAAUGCUUUUUGGUUAAAAACCAUUUGGAUAAGGAUUGAGUUAAGAGAAGAUAUUAAAAGAAUAAGUAAUCAUAUUAUAUAGAUUAUUAGAUUAUAAUCAAAUCACAAACAGUUACUUUUCCAUAAAAACCAAUCAUUUCAAAUGAAUGCAAAGAAUUUAUUAGAGGUUGUUUAGCUUAUAAUUAAGUUGAUCGAUUAGAUGUUCAUUAAGCUUUUAAUCAUCCAUACUUUCUUAAAAAAUAGUAUUGA